ACCGGGAGAGAGGAGGACCGUGGCUCCGGUGCAAUGACAGCGUCCAAAGAUCCGACCAAGAAGAAACCGAAAGAGGGGCAGCAGGAUGAGGUAUCUGAAAACAGACGGAGACAGACGUGUGUUUAUUUUAGUCCAUUCAGCUGUGAGGCGAUAAAUGUGCGUGUGGACAGUCGGUGCUGUGAGACGUGUUGGACGGACGUUACGGGGAAACUAUGGUUACUGGAUGCGCUCGUGCUCGCUGAGAAAUGCAGAGUUUGUGGAUGUCAGCCCGCCGCAGAGGAACUGGAAGGGCAUUGCCAUCUCCCUGCUGGUGAUCGUGGUGGUCUGCUCGCUCAUCACCAUGUCGGUGGUCGUCCUCACACCUGCGGAGCUCCCCAGCAGCAGCAAGUCCAGGCUGACUGUGGCUGAUCUGUACAAAGCGGAGUUCAGCGUCCAUGACCCCGAGGCUACAUGGAUCAGCGAUUCAGAGGUGGUGUACAGGAACCGUGACGGUCACGUGAUCAAGUUCAACUUUGACUCCAACGAGACGGAAGUCAUUCUGACCAACAGCACGUUUGUGGCCUUCAAGGUGGUAAAGUACUCGCUCUCUGCAGAUCUGAAGUACGCGCUCUUCGCCUACGACGUCAAACAGAUGUACAGAUAUUCAUACACAGCGUCCUACAUUGUUUACAACAUCUACACCAGGGAGGUAAGGGAGCUCAACCCUCCGGAGGUUCACAACGCAGUGCUCCAACAUGCAGCUUGGGGAAGACAAGGACAGCAGCUGAUCUACAUCUUUGAGAACAACAUCUACUACCAGUCAGACGUGAAGAGUAACUCUCUGAGAAUCACCUCCUCUGGGAUGGAGGGAGUCAUCUUUAAUGGACUGGCCGACUGGCUGUACGAAGAGGAGAUUCUGCGCUCACACUUGGCUCACUGGUGGUCGCCUGACGGAGAGCGACUGGCUUUCCUCACCAUCAAUGACACCUUGGUUCCCAACAUGAUUCUGCCCCAGUUCACCGGCAGCACCUACCCCAAAGGACUGCAGUACCCUUAUCCUAUGGCCGGUCAGGCGAACCCUGCCGUCAAGCUGUCGGUGGUCAACCUGUUCGGAGCGACACACACUCAAGAACUGCAGCCUCCUGAGCAGCUCAGGCUCAGGGAUUUCUACGUCACCAUGGUGAAGUGGAUCAGUGAUACUCACCUCGCAGUGCGGUGGGUCAACCGACCCCAGAAUGCUUCGCUGCUGACGGUGUGUGACGCGACCCUUGGAGUCUGUCUGCAGAGACACGAGGACUCUUCAGAGACGUGGCUCUCCCUGCAGAGACAGGAGCCGCUGUUCUCCAAGGACAGGAGCAGGUUUUUCCUCACGCUGCCCGUGAAACAAGGAGGUCAGGGAGAUUUCCACCACAUCACAAUGUUCACCAAAAAGUUACGAAGUGAUCAGGACGAAGUUCGACACUUGACGUCAGGAGACUGGGAGGUGACAAAAAUCGUAGCGUACGAUGAAAACAACCAGGUCAUAUACUUUCUGAGCACAGAGGACUCUGCACAACAGAGACAUUUAUACAGUGUGUCCACCCUCGGCCUGUUUCCACGACGAUGCCUCACCUGCGGACUGAAGGAGGACUGUUCGUUCUUUGACGCCGACGUCAGCACCGAUGCACAGCACGCUAUCCUGCACUGCAGAGGUCCUGGAGUUCCAGCUGUGCUGCUUCUGAGUUUCGAUGACGUGGACUCGUACUUCAUCUUAGAGAACAACCUCCCUCUGCGGUCGGCGCUGGAGACUAAAAAGAGGAUUCAGAGUGAAAUCCGGAUGAUCGCUAAUGACAACUUUGAGCUGCCUCUGAAGCUCAUCUAUCCUCCUGACUUCUCCGAGUCCUACCUCUACGGCCUUCUCCUUAUUGUCGGCAGUGCUCCAGGCGGCCAGGCGGUGACAGAGGAGUUCAGGCUGGACUGGGACUCGGUGCUGGUGGAGUCAGAGCAGGUCAUUGUAGCUCGACUCGACGGCAGAGGAUCCGGGUUCAGAGGUCAAAGGGUUUUACAGCAGGUCCAUCACAGGCUCGGCACAGUGGACGCAGAGGACCAGUUAGCGGCUCUGGAGUACCUGGCGAAGCUGCCGUUCAUCGAUCGCACUCGUGUGGGAGUCUUUGGAGAGGACUACGGCGGCUUCCUCACACUGACGAUGCUGAAGUCGACUGAGAAGCUGAUCAGAUGUGCCGCGGCUCAGGCUCCUGUCACUGACUGGUCCAUGUACGCUUCUGCGUUUUCGGAGAGAUACCUCGGCUCACCUUCGACUGAGGAGAACAGAUACCAAGCAUCCAAAGUCCUGACCAACAUGAAAGGUCUGCAGGGAGGAACUCUGUUUCUGGCUCACGGCACUGCUGACGCCAACGUUCACUUCCAGCACUCGGCAGAGCUCAUUAAACACUUGAUAAAGAUCGGAGCCAACUAUACUAUGCAGAUCUACCCAGACGAGGGACACUUUCUGUCAAGACGCAGCCGGAUUCAGCUGACUCACUCCCUAAUUGCCUAUUUCCGAGGAUGUCUGCUUGACGCAUCAUCAUUACUCGACCAACAACAGCGGGAUGACGAGUGAGAGGCAGCGUGGUUGUUAUUACUGGACCGUGUGUGUUUAAGAGUGUAUGUGCCCCUGGUAGACUGAGCGUGUGUGUGUGUGUGUGUGUGUGUGUGUGUUUUAUACCUGUAGCACAACAUUUGAUGGACAAAACAAGCUUCUUCUCAACAUAUCAGUUAUAGUUUCUAUCACUCAUCAGCUCAGUAGAAUAAAGCUCCUACAGUCGGCUCUGCUGUCAGGUGUCAUGAUGACAAUAGAGGUCUAUCAGAGAGAUGUUGAGUAUGUGAAAUGUUGCCUCUGUCUCGCUGACAGAACAUUGAAAGUGUUAAGGUUUUUGGUUUGAUGGCGAGAUUUUAAAAUUCUGCAGAAUGUGGGGGAGGUUUGGAAGAGGAGGUCAUAAAAUCUGAAAAGUGAUUAACUUGCACAGGAAAGUACAUCUGUGACCAAAACAACACUCCCAGCUUCUCAAAUACAGCAGCUUGGUCAGAAGCCCAAUGCUUCAAACUAUGACACCCUAGGUACCCCUCUAGCAUCAGUUUUGGAUCCACAGGGACAGCGGGUCAGUUUCUGCUCGUUAGGCCCAGUUCAAACCAAAGAUUUUAGAACAUUUCAGAGAAAAGUUGAAGCAGUGUGAGCGGUCUCAAGCCGGCUGAUGGUGUCAUCUGCAACUCAGCUGGUCAAAUCGCCGACAACUGGUUUGGCACGUCACCUGUUUCGACAGCCAAUAAGCCUGUAAUGGAGAUGCUCGUUUUGUUUGACGUUUCAUCACUUCUACAAAUGCAGCUGUAGCCAGUAUGUCACUAUCACUAUCCUCAUUCAUAUCUUAAGAAGCUACAAAUUAUAUUCAGCCACAAAAUAAACCUGAAAAGCUGCAAAUCAGAACAGAAGUACAGAGAGUUGUUGCAUAGCGAUGAUACACCAUCUCAUCGUGUUGCAUUGGUGUGAACCGGCAGGUUUUUAGAACGUUGCAGAACGGCGCAUUGCAAGUAGUUGCCUGUUUCAACUUAUCCUGUUGCGAAUGUUUGUUCUGAACUGGGCAUUACAUGCAUAGUGUCUUUUCAAAAUAAAAGUCCAUGUUCACAGGUAAAGUAGGUUCCAUCACCAAAACUACUUCAGGUUUAGGAAACAAAACUACUUGGUUAGGAUAACAAUAAAGAAGCGGUGGGUACGGUAUUAAAAAGUCCAUUCUCAAGUAAAAAUGCAGUUACUCUCUUAACCCUUUGAAACCGGAGAAAAUUGUCUUGAUUUGUUUUAAAAACAUGGGAAGAAAGCAGCGAGCAAUGAAGGACGAAAUGACUCCCAAAAAAUUUGCAAGAAAUUAGUGAAAAGAGAAAAUCAAAAACAAGAAAAUUUGAAAAAAAACCAAGAAAAUUAGUAGAAAAAAAAGUUAAAAACUAACAAACAAGAAAAUGUAAAAUAAAAUAAUUAUGUAACAUCAAUUAAAAUGUAAUAAUAAUAAUAAUUAUAAUAUAGUUUUUCCCCAAUGUUUUUACAAUUUUUUUGUGAUCAAAUUUUUUCUUUAUUCAAGAAAUCUUUAUACAAAAAGGAGAAAAGAAAAUGAGAACAAACGUCCUAAAAUUAAAAGCAGAUACACUGGAACGUAGCACAUAAAAUAAUUAGCAAGAUCAAAUAAACAGUCAGCAAAUAUUUUGUAGGGCACGGGGAAACAGAGAUCUGUGUGGGUACAUGAGACCCGAAAAACAAGCGUGGGUCAUGGGGAGUACCACCAGUUGGUCCAGGAGCUUCUCCUCCAUCAUGGUCGUUUCUAGGCAUAUUUUAGGAUGACUUGGGGGCAGUUUGACAACCUGCUGUCUAUCUUCAAGCCUAGCAUAACAAAAAUUAAUAUUAACUACGGGAAUUCCAUAACAAAAUUAUUUGCUUAUUCUAUAUAAACUAUAAAAACUGGCAAGAAAGAAAAACAAACAGGGGUUAUACACGAAUUACUGGCAUAUUAUUACAUGAGAUAGAUACAAAUUUUGGUGUUACUUUUCAUCGAUAUACGUACCAACAGUGCAUGAGAACAUACAGAUGCUAAAGGGUGCCUUGUGCGUCGACUGCCACUGACCAAGCUACUGUAUUUGUUGCCAUGGGAACAAGAACAGGCUGACAAAAAAAAAAACAGUCCUGGUUCACUCAAAAGAAGAAAACCAGUGUGUCAUGUUAAGUCUUGUAUACAAGACAGAUACAGAUAUGGUGACAGAUGUGUGAAGUCAUUAAACCUUUAAUUAGGCAGCAAUAGAGCUAAACACGUACAGUAUUUAUUACACUGUCUCCUUGUCAGUAUUAGCUGAGAUUUAUUUAUUCUUUUAUUUAUUUAACUUUCACACCAACUUUUUUUCUCAAGGUUAAGCUUAAAGGGGCAAUUGAUUUUUGUUGUCCCAUAGCGCAAAAUGGUCACUAUCGAUCUGCAGUAGCUUAAUGACAUUGUUGAUGAAUAUGUUUGUACCUUAUUCUUAAAACAAAUCUGCAGCCGAUUAUUUUUCUUUUUUUUUUUUUAUGACGAUUUAUUGUAUAGCUUUGACACCUGGAGUUUGCAUUCUGCUGUAAUGUACUCAUAUCUCGUGCAAAUGCCAUUUCAUGUUAUAAUAGUUGCCUGGUAUUAUUCACAGUUUAAUUUUCUAUGGUUUUAUAUUUUCUACUGGACGCCAAAAUGUUCCUGUCCUUCGCUGAAAAAAAAAAAAAAGUAUUAAUAUUAUUUUGGUUUUGUAGACUUGAUUUGAAACUCA